AUGAUAGUUGCAUUUAUCAUUUUUGAUCAUUAAAAGUAUUAAUAAUAAUCAUUUUUAGGUCAGCUUUUAUGCAUUGUGAUUUAAUGUCAAAAAUACGCCUUUUUACAUUCUAAUACGGUAUUACUCUUAUAUAUUUUAGGUUCUAUAUAUUUUAAUAAUACAAUAAAUUUUAUUAUUAAUUAAAUGUUUAAACCCUAAAUGAUAGAAAAUGAGAAAGAAUUUUAUUGUUUAAAUAAACACCUCCAACCAUGUAGUAUGGUUUUGCUUGAUCAAAAAAUCGAAAAGAAACAAAGGCUUUGGUGCAAUGAAUGCCUGUAGAAUUUCUAAGCAGAUUCUAAGAUUGUUGGAUUAAAACUAAUAAUCUAAAACAUUGAAGAAGUUAUUAAAAAAAUGCAAGUACCUUAGAUGAUAUUACUUCAAAACACAGUUCAAAAAAUAAAACUGUGUAUAACAAGUGCAUAGGAUUUAAAGACAUAUUUUAUGAAAUUAUUUGACUCUAUCAUUAGAACAGCUGAAGAUUGGAUUUUGAAUUUAUAAGCAUAAAGAUAAAAGUUCAAUUAAUACAGUUUCUAUGAUGAGUUAGAUGACCAUAUUAAUAAAUAGAAUAGAAAUUUUGAAUCUCAUAUAAAACUCAUUAAUAAUAUUAAUAGAUCGGAUAACAAAGUUAUCAAAUAUCUUAGCCUAAUUCAAUUAGAAUAAAGAUAAAUUAAACUUGUAAUAAUUUUAUGA